UACGCUCAGUGUGUUAGUUUGUUAUUGUGAGUUUGUAAUCUUGCCAAGGUUAUGCUGAAAUUCCUAUAGAGUAGCCAUCUUCUGGAGUUUUGGGUGCACCCCAUUGCAAGCUCAAUCUGAGGAGUCAUGAAAGUAUCGAGGUAUUAAGAUACUGUGCAUGCUGUGUUUUUAUUAUUUUUUUUUACCUCAUUGCUUUUGUUGUCUGCAAUCUCAUCGCUCUCUUGUUGUGCAUCUCAUCUUACAAUCAUGUCUGCCCCCGAUGCCUUCUGCACACUUCCUGAUUCUCUUGUUGCUUUAAUACUAUCAAAAAUGCCAAUAAAAGACGCUGUCAAAUCUUGUAUUCUUUCCAAGAGGUGGAGGUUUCUCUACACUCAAAUGCCUCAACUCACUUUCGAUCAACUCACUUUCGAUCCAUAUGAGAUGUCUUUUUGCACUUCCCUCAAUCCUCUCUUAAUAUCAAGGGUUGAGAAUAUAAUUUCCAACAUCUUGCUUUUGCACUCGCGCAAUCUGGAGGGAUUUCACCUCCACAACAACAACACACGGGUGAACUUCAAUCGUGAAAAUGUGUGUAAAUGGGUAAGAUAUGCAUCUCGGUACAAUGUCCAACAUCUCACUCUCUAUGAUCAUACCACUUUUCCAAUCGAUUUAAUAGAAAUCCCACCCCCUGCUCUCUUUUCAUGUUCGCAUCUCAUAACACUUAAUCUGGGUAACUACGAUCUCACCAGUUUCCCAAUCGAUUUCGUUGGAUUCCCCCACCUCCUUACUUGUCACCUCCAAUAUGUUCAAUUGACAGAUGAAUCUUUGGUCUCCUUCAUUUCGCUCUGUCCCCGUCUGCAGAAACUUGAAAUAAGGAGAGAUUCUGAGCUAGGUAAUGUAGUAAUAUUUUCAUCCACUAUUGAACAUUUGAGAUUGGAAAGAGUAAAGUCUCUGUCUCUUAACUGCCCCUUACUUAGAACUCUGUCGGGGGUAUUGAUUGAGGAUUUGAGUGUGAAUGGUGUAGUACUGCCCUAUGAGCUUUCACAUGGCACCUUUCAUCUUGAAAUGGACUGUGGAGGUACUCUGCGGGUAUUGAACAUGGAUUGGUCACCUGCAAUGAGGAUUGGACAUCUUUCACCAAGUAGAUUUCUUCACAUUGUGGAUAACUUCCAGUCCCUGAAGAAACUUGUCAUACACCUGAGUAAUCGCUGGGUGUUCAGAAAGGAAGCAGGUAUGGAUGUUCCUCUAUUGGACCUACUUCACAGGCUUCCAAAUCUUCAUACGCUCUCUAUGUUGGGCUUCUUUCUUCAGGAGGUGGCAAGAGAUCCUAUACCUGACUGCCUCACCCCUCCACAUGUUAACCUCAAGAAAAUAUGUGUAGACAUUCAUGAUUUUGACCACAAGGAAGUUGCCGUAAUAAGUUGCUUGCUUCAGAGUAUGCCCUCUCUCCAAACAUUGGAAAUUCAGCUGCCUGAAAAAUUGGAUGAGAGUGAGAUACCUGAUAUUUUGGAUGAGAGUGAGAGUGUGUAUGAUUAUGAGGGUCAAUGUUUGAAGCUGUUAAAAGAUAUUAUGUAUAUGAGGAGGGCAUCCUCACUAGCAAGGAUAAUUAUACUGGAUUAUUAGUGCUCCAAGUAAUAGGCUGAAAUUAAAAUAUGGUCUUUGAACUGCAUAACUGCGUUUUCUGUAAUACCCUGUUUAAUUCCAUGCUCCUUUUUGCUUUUAAUGAAAAAACUGUUCAUGUUGCUUAA